AUGAAAGCCAUGAAAGAACAGGAAGAUGGAUUUGGAUCUGCAGAUAGGUAUGGUGAGGAUAAAGUAGAGCAACUGGUUCAAAUCAAGACCUUGUUUUUUGCUAGAGCUCGAGAUCUGACAGGUACGAAUGAUGUUUUAUUGGAGAUCCCUUUAGGUAGUACUACAAAGGAUUGUCUGGACAAGAUUGUAGGCAAAUUUCCAAGGCUAGAGGAGAUCCUUGGAUGUGUGGUUCUGGCUCUGAAUGAGGAUUAUACAACUGAGUCAACAGUUGUUAAAGAUGGAGAUGAGUUGGCAAUUAUCCCUCCCAUAAGUGGUGGCUGACCUUUCUUCUGCUACUAUUUUAUACUGAUAUGUAUAUAUAUAUAUACAUAUAUUUGGUGCCAUUUCCAAAUGUGGACUUCGUAAACCAAUAGGAACAUUGAGCUCCUUCCCCAACUGUGUAGAAAAUUAAACUUGCUCUCCUACCUUUUCUAAUGUCUUAGUAAAGCUUUGCUUGUUCAUCCAUGGCUAUGGAAUUUUCAGCCACAGGCCUCUGUCAAAGUAUUCCCUACACUCGCUCUCCGCUCCUCUUUUCCAUUCGCAAGGCUCGAGUUCAAAGCUGUGUAGCCAUUGAGUUUGCUGCUGAAUCGGGAAUCCUCUGCAAGGAGGAAGAUAAGGAUUGUAUUUCAUUUACAUUGCUUAGAAAAGAAAUAAAGAAGUGAUAGUUUAGUUCAAA